AUGCAUGAGAUUAUCACCUUACAGUUCGGUCAGCGGGCUAAUUACCUGGCGACCCAUUUUUGGAACCUCCAGGAAUCGUACUUCACAUACAAUGAGGAGAAGGAAUCCCCAGUUGAUCAUGACGUCCAUUUUCGACCAGGCGUCGGGGCCGACGGAGCCGAAACAUACACUCCCCGGACUGUCAUAUAUGAUCUCAAGGGAGGAUUUGGCACUCUCCGCAAGUACAAUGCGCUGUACGAGUUGACUGAAGAUUCCAACCCUGGUCAGGGUCUGUGGGAUGGAAAGGAGGUAUUACAACAGCAAGCUCUAAUCCCCCAGAGUGACUACCAGAAGAGCCUCGAUGCAGGGCUCCCUGCCCCAACACUCUCUGCAGAAACAGUCAGGUACUGGUCCGACUAUAACCGACUAUUUUACCAUCCUCGCUCUAUCGUCCAGCUCAACGACUACGAGCUGAACUCCAAAAUCAUGCCUUUCGAGGACUGGAGUAUUGGCGAAGAGCUAUUCAACGAUCUCGACAAAGAGCAUGACUUGCUCGAUCGAGAUGUCAGACCGUUCGCAGAGGAAUGCGACCAGCUGCGUGCGCUGCAAUUAUUCACCGGGUCUGAUGAUGCGUGGGGUGGCUUUGCUGCCAAGUACGUGGAUAGAAUUAGGGACGAAUAUGGUAAGAAGGCCGUCUGGGUCUGGGCUAUUGAGAAUGGAAGGAAGGUCGAUCGGCAAACUCAGUUCAAGAGGGAUCUGAACAAAGCUCGAUCUGUCCACGCUAUUUCCAUCCAAGCGUCAUUGUAUGCGCCCAUCAUUGACCCCCCGAGCCGAAUCCCUAAGUCCGUCUACCUCAAUCCUCUAUCAGAAUGGUACACUACGGCCUUGAUCAGUUCCGCUAUGGAGACGGUGUCACUUCCAACCCGACUGCGUCCGUACCACGACUUUGAGGCUUCCUUAGCCGGGGAUGACAGUAUCCAUAAGAUAUUCGAGCUGCAAUCUACGAUUGUGCGGGAUGACGAAGAUUCCGCAAAGCCACAUACCAACCCUUUGAAUGACGCAGGUCAGACAGACCCCGAGCAUUCGCCAAUCAAGACGGAGUUUGAUUUGGACUUCACAUAUGACGGGCUGGAGAGUCAAAAGUCCCACCACAUCUUUAAUCAGCUCCAAGUUUCACGUGGAGUUGACAAUCGCGAGAACGUGGCCUCCGGAGAGGAUCAGGGUAUCCUUCGCCGCAGAAGGCACUACAAUUCGGAACCGAUGUUUCAGAGGUUCCAUACGUCAUUACCGUUGCCCCUUUUGGACAGCUUCCCUCGUGAUAUGUUCCCAGGAUUGAGUUCGAAAGAGAAGGUCAGUGUCCUUGCCGCAUUGACUGUUUCUUCGCGGACGGCGGAGAGACUCAAAGCCUUUGGAACAUUAGCGGGACGAGUGGCUGGGGUGGACGAGCGGGAGACGCUGGUGAACGGACUGGGCGAGAUCCGCGAGACAUACGAGACGGGGUGGAUGAGCGAUUCCGAGUUUGACGAUGACUAG